AGCAGCCUCAACAAAAUAUCAAUAUCAAUCAUUUUAAAAAAGAAAAACACGCUCUGAAUCGACAUACGAGCAGCAAUUACUAUUAUCGUAAUUAUCGCGAUCAUGGUGUCAUUAGUGUUGUUAAUCGUAUGCCACUACGAAAACCAAGAUAUUUUAGAAAAGCUCGUGACGAAAAUAUGAUGCAUCAUCAAUUGGAUUCACGACCAGAAAACCUGAGAGGAGAGUAUGACGAAACUGAUUGCCAUCUUAAGAACGAACCUAUGAGUUCAAAUUCCGAAAGUGAAACCGAACAAGACAUAAAGAUGGAAUUACGUCAAGCAGGCGAGAAUCGAGGAUCAAUUAAUGGGCAUUUUAGACGAAUGACCGAUUAUGUGCCAGGUUUCCAAGAAACGAAUGUUGGAAUUCAACCUUUCGAUAACUCUCAUUCCUUCAUACCUUUGCGGACAGUUGGAUGCGGAUUAUCUUAUGCGCCAAUGCCAACUGGGUCGACAGUUCAAGUAAUGAAUAAUGAUUCGGAAUGGUCAUCAGAGGAACUUCAAGAAUUACUAUGGCAACUUUUACUUUCCGAUUAG